CAGGAGCCAGCAAUACUACUAUUAUUAUUAUUGUCAUCUACCCGUAGGCUUUGAAGCCUUCAGUGCAUCGUACGUACUCAAGCUCAGUAUAUACUGUGCUAGUACCAUUUCUGCACUAGAGGGGAAAGCGAUCUCGAUGUACUACUAUCCAUCAUCCGUGCUCCUUGCACUAAACGCCGAGGGAUGCUAAUGCUAGAAAACUUGACUGGUGGUGAAAAUCAGACUGCUGUUGUUUGCUUUUUCUUCUUCAAGAAAAUAAAUGAUAAUGGGUGAUUUUUGCAAGCACUAAAAAUGACAAAGAAUAUCUUUUUGCAAACUGUUAUGCUACUACUACAUCUAUGGCGUAUAGAUAGAACAGUUGGAAAGAAAAAAGAGAGUAGUGUUAGGUGCAAAAUUCUUGACUUUUCAGCACUUCACCAAUUAAUCAUACAAUUAUAUAUUACGGAGUGCACAGGAGAAUUCGAAUUUCGAAAUCUGGUAGUGGGUAAUCUGCUUCCUUCCCCCCCCCGGUUUUCCCCAUAAAAUUCCCUUGCACUAUUUAAGUCUCUGUUCAUAUAUAUAACAACUCGAGAACGAAGCGAUGAAAUUGCAGAAUUUUGCCAAAGUGAAGUGAAUGGAACAAGUUGACGACUGAAGAAGAUUACCACCGAUCGAUGAAAAGAGAGACGAAGAGGAGAGAAUAUGGUUGACUGAAGCAGGGAUUUUGCAAAGAAGGAAAGCUUGGAUUCCUAAGAGAUUUGCAUAUGUGCGUAAGCGGUCACGAGAUUGUCAGAGAUGCCUGCUGUGCUGUGCUGAGGAAGGAGAUGGACUCUGGGUCUGGUCUGCUUCUGGUUGGUUGUGGAGGGACUUUGGACGCGCUCUAAUGAAUAGUAACGCCUUCCAUUCCAAGCCUCAGAUAAUGAGCUGCGAAGAUGGUGCUAUUUUCAGUUACAACUUCAGGCCUAAGGUUUCUCCAGACUUAAUUCUUUUGAAGGCUUGACAAGCUAAGCCACAUUUUCAAGAAAAUGGGCAGAGCAACAAGGUGGUUGAAGAGUUUGUUUGGGAUAAAGAGGGAUAAGGGCCAGAAGGAGAUUAAUCCAAAUUCCGGUAGCCAGAGAGAAAACAAAUGGACGGGAAUGGGCCAUUCGGGAAGAGACACUGCUGAUGGGCUGUGUUCAAAUCCAAACACCAUUCCACCCAAUAUUACCCCGGCUGAAGCUGCAUGGUUGAGAUCUUUUUACGCUGACUCUGGUGACAAGGAGCAAAGCAAGCAUGCCAUAGCAGUUGCUGCAGCCACCGCCGCUGCCGCUGACGCCGCCGUCGCCGCUGCACAGGCUGCGGUGGCCGUGGUUAGGCUCACCAGUCAGGGCAGAGGAGGGUCCAUGUUUGGUGGUGGUGGUGGUAGUCGUGAAAAGUGGGCCGUUACAAAAAUUCAAAGUGUUUUCCGCGGAUUCUUGGCAAGGAAGGCACUGAGGGCUUUGAAAGGACUUGUGAAACUACAAGCACUAGUGAGAGGUUAUUUGGUGCGUAAACAGGCGUUCGCUACAUUUCACAGCAUGCAAGCUCUUAUAAGAGCACAGGCCAAUGUUCGUGCCCAAAAAACUCGAGGCCUCCUCGAUUCUACUGCUGCAAGUUCAAACCGGCAGUUUCAUGCUGCAAAUUCGGCGCAGGAAAAGUUUGAUGAGGGUAGAAGUAGGCAGAAUUCAUUUCAUAACAGAAGGCUCUCUGCAUCGUUUGAUAGCAUUAACUCAAAUGCAAUCGAUGAAAUCCCAAAGAUUGUGGAGAUAGAUACUGGAAGGCCUAAAUCAAGAUCCAGAAGAAGCAGCGCCUGGGUAUCAGAUUCCAUUUCCGGGGAUGCCCAGACUCUAUCCUCUUCGUGUCAAUGCCGACAUCCUCCGCCCCACCUAUCGAUCCCUGAUUGCAGAAACUCUCAAGACUCCGACUGGGGACUGACUGGGGACGAAUGCCGCUUCUCCACCCCUCAAAGCACUCCCAGAUUCUCCAAUUCUUGUGGGACAAAUCCACCUGUCACGCCAGCCAAGAGUGUUUGCGUGGAAAGCUUAUUCAGGAAUUGCCCAAAUUAUAUGGCUAAUACGCAGUCAUUUAAGGCCAAACUGAGGUCUUACAGCGCACCGAAGCAAAGGCCUGAACCGGGGUCCAAGAGGAGGCUAUCGCUCAAUGAAAUGAUGGAGUCCAGAAGUAGUCUAAGUGGGGUCCGAAUGCAGAGGUCAUGCUCUCAAGUCCAAGAAGUUUUGAGUUUCAGGAAUGCUGUUGUCGGUAGGCUUGCAAGGUCUUCAGAAUUCUCAAAAGAGCAAUUAUACAACAGGGAUUCUUACUCGGAAGAAUAUUUUGAGUAGCGAUCGAAAGAAUGUGCUGCAACUAUCAAUUCGCAAGCGCAAACAGAGCAUGUAAUUGUCUAGAAUCUAGAUCAUCCUAGAGACAUAGGGCAAGAUGUAAUCUUUACUCCCGUUUUCAUUGAAGAAGUGAUCAAGGUCGGUUAUACCAGUACUGACGAGGUUAAUAAUAAUUGUGUGUCUAAUUUUUCGUGUUGCUUA